AGCUUUCAGGUAGGGACUGUCAAUUGAUGCGGUCGUCUAUGGCUGAAGCGGGCGAUCGCAAGACGGCGCCCGUACCUCGGCCGUCUCACGGUCCUGGGCCACCACGCCCUCACCCUCCACAUGGGAUACCACAGGGCCCUCGUAAUUAUAAAACGUUGUAUGAUAAAGAGCUUGGAGCUAAAGAAACGAUUCGUAGAUAUAAUGGAUAUAUUCCCGGACAUCCUAAGUAUGAUGUCAAACUACCUCUAUCGGAUCCAAGAAACCAUUAUAUACAAUUUAGAACUGUUGCGCAAGCAGAUUUACCUGUGCCAUCAUUUACGGUGGACAGAAAUACUAUCUUCUACCCGAAAGUAGAAGUUGCUAUGUUUGAGUUAAAUGAUAAUGUAAAUAAGAAUUUUUUACAACAAUUAGCAAACAAAAUUGCUACCCCCAUCGAUAUCGAUGUAUUCUAUCACCCAAUCACCAAGAAACACAUGGGCAUGGCGAUGAUAGUCUUUCGAACAUAUGAUGAAGCUCACAGGUUUGUACUGGAAUACAAUGGGAAAACUGUGAUGGGCAGUCAAGUCUCGUGUCAUCAUGAUCCCUACUUCACUCUAUUGAGUCAGCGCUAUGAAGAUGCUACCGGUGAAGAAAUGCGCGUACCAGUGCAUUUGAAAGGUCUGGAGGAAACAAUAUUGAACACCAGAAGGAGUCAGUAUGCUAAGAAGAAUGAAGAGCUGCACAGAUCUCAUGCAUCCACUUCAUCGCUUCCAUCUACACAGCUGCAUCAUAAGGACGUUGAUUUGGACUUGUCAAGCGUUUCGUUGGUGGAUGUGCUGCAACGUAGUUUGGAGAGACGCACACCAUGCACGCCUAACGAAGUUUCUACACCAGUCAGGCACAGUCUAACACCUGUGCGUCCACGGACGCCUCUGAAUGAGCCUCCAUUUUCAUCUGCUCCAGCAAGUGUCCCGCUACCGACGCAUGCGCCUCCGCCACCACCGGCUAUGUUUAUGCCUCAUAUCCCUCCUCCCAUGAUUCCCCCUUUCCAUCCUGAAUUAUGUACAUCGCAGGCACAACCUGGACCCAGUAAUGCUCCUCCUAUUCCACCAAUGCCUCCAAUGCCCCCGAUUUUUGGUAUGGCGUAUCCCCCACCGCCUCCAUAUUCAGCGGUACCUGAAGAUGCGGCAGCUUUCCCGCCUGGCUACUCCCAUCCUCCUCCCACAACAUCUUCCUUGGGAGGAGCAAAUGAAGGUGGAACAUCGACCUCUCACGAAACUGCAGAAGCGCGUCGUGGAAGAAAAAGCGGCAAAUCAUCCAAAAAGAAGAAAAAGAAGCGAAAGAGGCAUUCAUCCGCGUCAUCAUCAAGCUCUAGUUCAAGCUCUUCACUGAAUAUUGGCGAGUAUCUGCGCGUUGAAAAGAAGGAAAUGAGCACAAAGUAUAUCUCAAGAGAACGUGAAGGUCGUGAGAAGACUAUUGUUGAAGAGAUAAAGACAGUAACAAAGAGGAAGAAAUACAUGGUAACUGAAAAGAGAAAUGAUAUAAAGCAAACGCCUGGCUUGCAAAAGAUCAGCAGUGAUGAGUCUGAAGAGUCUAGAGAAGAAGGGAAGAGGAUGAGAAAAGAAAAGACUCCAUCUCCUUCGAAAUUAAAUGAAAAGAAAGCGGAAGGGCAUCGAUGGAGUAGCAGUUCUACUGAAUCUGAAGUGGAACUUCAUCCUAAGAAAGAGAAGAAAAUCGAGAAAACUCUAUCUGCCGCUUCAUCGCUCCACGACUUGUCUUCUCGCACUCCAGUGCCGCCUGUAGUCGUACCUCCACCUCCACCAUCUGUAUUUAGUCCAGGAACUCCACUACCUCAGCCAGCUGUUGCUGCCCCAAUUCUAACACUACCUCCUCCAGCUGUAGGCAUACCAAUACCGCCACCGCCAAUGUCAUCUUUACCUCUACCUCCGACGCAUCUUCCACCUCCACCCUUUCCACUACCUCCGAUGAAUGCUGCAAUACCAAUGGGUGCACCCGGCUUCCCUCCUUUGCUACCUCCACCAACAAAUUUUUGUGCACCUCCACCUCAGCCAUUUGUCAAGCGAGAACUACCGAAAGUGUCUCUUCGUUUUGUCGAAGACUCUCCCUCACAGUCAUCGCCACAGCCUGGUCCUUCUCAUCAAACAUUGGCUGAUCGCGUUGCAAGUAUAUUCGGUGCGGACACGUUGGGAGAACCAGCCAGUGCUCGCCCUGGUUCUAGCGUAUCACAGCGUCAAGGGUCAACUGAUGCAGCCUGUGCUGAUGAUGUGGACGACAUGGAUGUCGAUAUCGGUUCGUCACCGGAAUCAAUGUCACUGAGUCCUCUGGAACCAGUGUCAAAGGAAGAGACUAAUCUGCGUAAGAGAAGGCGGAAGACUGGUGACAAACAGAAGAGACAUUUCUUGCGAAAUGUCGCCCUAGUGGUAGAAGCCACGGAAAAGACCAUAGGCGAAGAGAUAGUUGACGUUGUUACAAAAGAUUUCUACAAGCGAGUAGAAGGCGUCAGCUUUGAGAUUUUGGAGGAAGUUCUUGCAGAACUCCGCCACGAACUUGAGGAACAGAAACGGAAUGAAGCUCAAGAAGCAUUGCGCGCACAGGCUCAGAUCGUUACGCAAGAGAAACCGAGUGAUGUUGCUCAGUUCUGCAAUCCUCUUGAUAGCCUUAAUUCCACUCCAGAGAAGCUUGGUGCAUUCCCAUUCACUAUCAACAUGCCCAAAUUGCCGAGUUUCCGAAGAAAAAUUCGUCCACCAUCACCAGAAUCUGAAUCUGACACUAGAAGUCCGCUCAUCCGAAAACGUGAUGAUGACUCUGACAAUUCAGAUGCUGCUCACAAAAGUUCGUCCAGCAGUCAGAAAUCUUCUGAAUCGUCUGAUGAGGUUGUGGUACAGAGAAAGAAGCGUGUUCAGCGUUUUCAUUCUUCAUCUUCUGUUUCUGGUUCGGAGUCAUCUAGCGACCUUUCAUCAAGCGAGUCUGUAACUCGUAGCAGUAAAUCGUCGCGCACAAAGACCUCUGCGCAGAAAGAGGACUUCUCUUCUAUAGCUGCAUCUUCUGCAGCAAUCUCUUCGGCAUCAAGCAUAGCUUCAUCAUCGGAGAGCUCAACAUCUAGCGAAGAUGAAGAAGAAGAACGGGGCCGCGAUGCAUCGACUGCGACUGAGGAACCACAGGAACCUCCUGCUCCAGUUGUUAUUGCUGAACCCGUUGUGCAAAAAAUUGAACCUCCUCUGUGGGAAAAGAUUCUCGGAGACUCCUCAUCGGAUUGGUCGGAAACUCUUCUUCGGUCGCACUACCACGUCAACCUCUCUGAGCACUGUUAUUUUAAGUUACCAGAAGUGGUCAAGAAAGAGGAGGAGCCGAGUGCUGAUGUGGCUCAGGUUGAUAUAACUACAAAGGAGAAGGAAAACGAUGAACCCGCUCCGCAAAAGAAAAAACCGAAGGAGAAAGUGGGACGAGAACUCCUUGGACUAUUGGAUUUGGUAGAAACUCGACCUAAACCUCCCAAACCAGAAAUCGUGUAUCCUCCAUGGACCGAAGAAGAAAAAAUCAGGCACAUAUAUAGCUGGGAAUGCUGUUUCGAUCCCGAAGAUCAGGAGUACCUCAAGCUCGCAUGGCUUGAAUUACAACCUCAAGGGGAUGAUGCAAAACCUCCAUGGAAAAAGCCAGUCCGUUUCAACUUUGCGUCUUGGGCUGAUAAACCACGCCUUUUGGAUGCGCCAAGGAAAAAAGGCCGGCUGGAUGUUUACUUUGAAGACGAUACUCUGGAUGGCAUACUUCCUAUCAAGGAUGGAUGUGCCAGGACUCGUGGUUACUUCAAGUUAACAGCUAAAGAGAAAAGAAGUCUGAUUCGACGUCCGGAAGACGAACAGCGCGACAAAACUGUCAUCAAUGAAAGGGAUGAAGCCUUGGUACGGCACAAUCUUGUUUCGACUAAGGAAUCCCGAUCCAUGCAUCGUCGACUUCUUACCACAAUGGGAGAUGCUAACACCGACUUCUUCAAAGUUAAUCAGUUGAAGUAUCGCAAAAAGAUGAUCAAGUUUGCGCGGUCGAGGAUUCAUGGUUGGGGAUUGUAUGCGAUGGAAACCAUUGCACCUGAUGACAUGAUCGUUGAAUAUGUGGGACAGAAGGUGCGGAAUACUGUAGCAGAUGUUCGAGAAAAGGCUUACGAAAGACGUGGUAUCGGUAGCAGUUAUCUAUUCCGAAUUGAUGAUACUACUGUUAUCGAUGCCACACGUAUGGGCAACUUCGCGCGGUUUAUAAACCACUCAUGCCAACCGAAUUGUUACGCAAAAGUAGUAACCGUGGAUGGCGAUAAGAGAAUAGUAAUCUACAGUAAGACUCUCAUAAACAAGGGCGAUGAGAUUACGUACGAUUACAAGUUCCCCAUCGAAGAUGACAAAGUCGACUGUCUUUGUGGUGCUCCGAACUGUCGUGGAACUCUCAACUAAUUGUUCACCCUUAUCUCACAUCGUAAUCAUCACGUAUUUGUGUAAAGAAGUUCAUUCAAAGUCAAUGCAUUCAUUCGGUGUUCUUAUCAUAUUUGUAUCAACUUAAACUCUGUAUGUUAUGUUAACUUAUCUGUAUCUUGUCUUUUAUUUGAUGCUAAUCUUUAUCUAACAUCUGCAAUGCGAAGUAAUACGAGUUUUUUUCUACUUCUCAUUUCUUUUUGUUAGUUCAUUUCGCGCAUAGUGAAUUUGAAGAGUUCACCUGCAUUCUCACCUCUUUCAAUUGCUCAGAUAUACUCAUACCAAAUAUCUUCUUUUCUCGUUUUAUCUUUCUAUAAUAUAACAUUUUUUUUCAAGUCCUUCAUCUUCGUCCUUGCUAUGAGCAGUCUCAUUGCAAAAAGAGUUGCUCUAUAACAAAGGCUAACCUCUUCCUCCUCGAUAGUCUUCACUUGGUACAAUCUUUCUUUUUUGCGGGUCGCUCUAUAAGAGUAUGUUUGUGUUUAGAUCAGUCUUAUAGAUUGUUCAAAUGAACAUGUUGUAUCGUUAUUAUUAUCACUGCGUCUUUGAUUAGAAGGUUAUUUGACCUAUCAAUAAAUAAGAACAGAAUAUGCUGGUAUCUUGGUACGAGGCACUGAGUAGUGG